AUAAGCAACGACCAUGGGUUUUCUUCGGAUAAAUUGAAUCUUCAACUAGUGAUUCCAAUAUGCAGUGAAUAUAUUUGCACUUUUUUCAGAGUUUCUAUCACUUAAUCAUUCAUUAUCACUGUGAUAAGGCUUUGACGUCGAAGACUUACUUAAAGACUGAUGGAUGCGAGGUUGACUAGUCAAACGCACUCGAAGCCUUCAUUUGUACACACGCUUAUCAAGCGGCUUAAAAUACUUUUAUUGGUGGCGAUUAAAGAAAUAACCACCCUUGCAGUUAAAGAAGCUGUUUUUGCCCAAAUAGAAUCAGUUAGAAUGCGACAAGUGCGGUCAGUGUUGGGCCCCAUUUUCCAUGUGAGUUUUCUAGCGCAUCACCUAAAUGUGUUUUUCUGCGGGCAUCGAAUGCACGCAAGGAUAGAAAGCGACAAAUUCUACGACUUGGACCAUCGGAUUUCGGAUAUCAAGAAUUUCUCCACUGUGUUCUUCACUAAUUGGAACUUGGUGUUUCAAACGAUCUAUUUUACUCUGGCUGUAACACACGAUCUCCUAAGGAUUUGCUCCCUGUGGGACAGUCUGAGAGAUAGAAUAGACCGAUGGAAGGGCUUCCUGUUCACCAGCAUCGUCUUUCCAUGCUCCAUUUUUGUUUCCACCAUGUUCUGGGGCGUGUAUUCCAUUGAUAGAGAGCUGGUUUAUCCAGAGGUUUGCGAUGAAUUCAUUCCAGAUUGGCUCAACCACUGCAUUCACACGAAUAUUGUCGUAUUCCUCAUCAUCGAAGUGCUAAUAACCAAUCAACUUUUGCCCACUUCCAAAAGUGCCUUCACUGCCUUAACUGUGCUGACCAUCUUCUACGACAUCAUAUUCUUCAUCACGUUCUUCAUCUAUGGACGCUUCAUCUAUGGACUGUUCCACGUGUUUAAUUGGCCGCAAAGGAUCAUGUUCCUCCUGCUGAAUUAUUUCGUCACUAUUCUGGCAAUGAAGAUUGGAAUUGUGAUUGAGAACUUCAAGUACAGCCUGUCCAGUAAGAGAGUUAAGACUGCCAAAAUGUGAACUGUAUUUGUACCAAAAAUAUACGGUUUUUCCCAAAACA